AUGGAGGUUCAGUCCGUCCAGGUCUUUCGAUUGGACGUCAGGUCGCAAUUUGAAGGCUUGAGCAAGUCGCAGCAGAGAUAUGCCCAUCAUAUGGCACGUGCAGCAUGGCACGGGGCGAGAAUUAUUCUACGACAAACCUCGCCAGAAUCGCUGAAAAUAUUUGACUUCAUCCUCGAGCUUCACGCGGCGUAG